AGUUAACCUUCGUCUGUGCUGUGUUUAUACUUCUUAUAAUUAAAGACGGAAUUUACAUAAACGACGGCAGACGCCCUUGUCUGACAAGGACACUUUCGCUCGAUUUCCGUUCGACUUUCAUCUUCGAGCUAGUCGAGACUUAAUCAGAUUUAAAAUCCGGCGAGAAUCAGAUUACGCAACGUAAAGAGAGACCCACACACGUAAUCGUGAAAUUCGAAAAUACAUCAUACCGUGAGUUAACUCAACGACAGAGAGAAAGGAAGAGAGAGAGAGAAAGAAGAGCCUUUCUAGCGCUACACAAAACAGACGUUGUUUCAGCUGCCUAGAGCGAUAGAGGAGUGAAAGUACAGAGUACGCAGAUACCCGGGGAACAGAAAGAGAUGCAGAUUCUCACUGUAGUGCCGUUUCUCAUAGGAGUGACAAGUGUACUUGACGUCCUUGCCGAUGAACCGCACUUGGAGUCUAGUUAUGAGUAUAAUUACCAGGUAAACAUGACAUCGAACUUCCAAUAUUACGGAUACAGUGGAUGGAUCAGGAGUAGUAACGACACACACCUGUCGCUCAAUAUCCUUUGCUCCGACGUGCAACUUAAGAGCAUGAUAUGUUACAUUGAGCGUUGCAACGAGAUGGAACCUGCGCCACUAAGAAUUCUGGAGUCGGGACAAUUGUUAUACGACAUUAACCACUAUAUCUUGUGCAAUAAUAGGGUACCUUUCAAGAUUAUGAUCGGGACUGCAAGGAUCAACACUUACAUCGUCGACCGUCACUCGAUACCGAAGGAAUUGAUAAAUAUUUACCGAUCGAUCACGAAUCAGCUGAUUAUCGGCGUUAAUAUCAACAUGAUGAACGACAUGAUGAACGAGACAUUCAUGAUGAACGAACGAUCCAACAUCGCUAUCUGCCCCACGAGCUAUGCGGUCUCAGUAUUCUCAGUAGAGCCGUCCACAGCCAACCUGAAUAUCGUGCCGAUACCCUUGGUUAACCUUGAUCUUCGGAAAGGGACGAUGAUCAUCGAAAAACAGUUAAUAAUCAGCGAAUGCAUCGCGGUAUCGAACUAUUCCUUCUCGGCAGGACUUUGGCCCGAGUUUGUCCCAAAAACGACUAACACCACUGCUUUGAUAAACUCGAAUAGUUGGAUGCGAUUAUCUACGCACGGCAUGUGGUCUGAAACUAUAAACACAUUCUGUUUUCACGACCAGUAUAACUUAGAAAUCGGACACGUCAGGGAAAGAGUUAAUGUUGAACUUAAAUCGUACCGGAAUAUAUCUACGGUACACAUACCUGUAAUCAACGAGCGUAACAUUAUCGAAUACGAUACGCUUAACGAUGAUGUGCGUUUUGAACCAAUUUCUGCCACAAAUAUUUAAAUUCUUUGUUACAUGUUACACAUUGUCUCUGUUUUCUUAUAUCUUUUGUCAAUUGACUGAAAAGUUGUAUACAUUGGUUUAUCGCACGACAAUAUUAAAUAAAAAUACCUAUGCCAAUAAUCGACACUUUUGUGUAU